AUGUCCGGUAUAAAGAUCGAGGAAGUGGUGUCUACCACCAAAAAGGAGCGCGUUGCGGCCCACAGCCAUGUUAAAGGGCUUGGGUUGAAUCCUGACGGAAGCGCAAAGCCUUCCAGUGAUGGAUUUGUCGGACAAGAAAAGGCCCGAGAGGCGGGAGGCAUCGUGGUGGAACUUAUUCGUUCUAAAAAAAUGGCUGGACGUGCGCUUCUUUUUGCUGGCCCGCCAGGAACAGGGAAGACGGCGUUGGCGAUGGGUAUCUCUAAGGAACUCGGCCCCAAGGUUCCAUUCUGCCCGAUGAUUGGUAGUGAGGUCUAUAGCGCGGAAGUAAAAAAGACGGAGGUGCUCAUGGAGAAUUUUCGACGUGCCAUCGGGCUGCGCAUUAAGGAGAACAAAGAGGUAUACGAGGGUGAGGUAACCGAAUUGCGUGCUGAGGAGACCGAUAAUCCCCUCGGUGGCUAUGGGAAGUCCAUUUCGCAUGUUAUCAUCUCGCUCAAAUCGCAAAAGGGUACGAAACAGCUCAAACUGGAUGCCGCCAUAUACGAAAGCCUUGAGAAGGAAAAGGUAUCGGUGGGGGAUAUCAUUUACAUCGAGGCGAGCUCCGGUGCGGUGAAACGGGUGGGCCGUUCCGAUGUCUACAUUGGUGAUCACGACCUAGAGGCGGACGAGUACGUGCCCAUCCCGAAGGGGGAUGUCCACAAGAAGAAAGAAGUUAUCCAAGACGUCACGCUUCACGACCUUGACAUGGCUAACGCAAAGCCCAACCAGGGGCAGGAUGCACUUUCCAUCGUGAGCAGCCUUAUGCGCCACAAAAAAACGGAGGUGACGGAGAAAUUGCGCCAAGAAAUCAAUAAAGUGGUGAACAAAUACAUUGAUCAGGGUGUGGCUGAACUGGUUCCAGGGGUUCUUUUUAUCGACGAGGUGCAUAUGCUUGAUAUCGAGUGCUUUACCUAUCUAAAUAAGGCACUAGAAUCUACUUUAGCGCCGGUUGUUAUCUUUGCCACGAAUCGCGGUAGCUGCCGGAUUCGUGGGACUGAAAUUAGGGCCCCGCACGGCAUGCCCACCGAUCUCCUGGAUCGUCUCUUGAUCAUUCGCACCAUGUAUUAUAAUGUCGAUGAGAUUACAUCCAUCACGGAAAUUCGCGCUCGCGUGGAGGGGGUGAAAGUCUCGGAAGAGGCGUUGGUCAAGCUAGGUUCCAUUGGCGAGUCGACCUCACUGCGCUACGUCACGCAGCUGCUCUCCCCGGCGUUGAUUAUUGCGGAAACGAAUGGACGGGAUGUGAUAACUGAGGAGGAUGUCGAGCUGGUUGAUCACCUGUUCAAAGAUGCAAAGGCGUCAGCCAAAAUGCUCCACGACCACGCUGACGAAUACGUGUAUCAGUAA